UGCAGCGAGUUUAGAACACAUCCUGACCUCGCGCAUUGAACAUCGUCACGCAGUUCCUUACAAAGCCUAAAAUUCGCCAUGGCUGACGCCGCUGCUCCCGUUGCUUCUACUUCUGCACCUGUGAAGAAAGCCGCUAAGGCUAAGAAGCCUGCCGCCGCCAAGAAAGCUGCCACGCAUCCUAAAUACACCGAGAUGAUCGCGGCUGCCAUCGAAGCACUGAAGGAUCGCAAAGGAUCUUCUGGUCAGGCAAUCAAGAAGUACAUCGUGACGACAUACAAGCUCGACGAGAAGGCUGUCGGCUCGCACGUGCGUGUGGCGCUCAAGCGAGGAGUUGCGGCGGGAACUAUUAAGCAGGUCAAGGGGGCUGGUGCUUCUGGCUCUUUCAAGCUCCCUGAUAAAACCGCCGGUCCUAAGAAGGCUCCUGCUGCCAAGAAGGUUAAGACCCCCAAGAAGGCCAAGACCACCACCGAGAAACCUGCUGUCAAGAAGAGCCCCAAGAAGUCCGUGAAGAAAGCCGCCAAGUCUCCUGCCUCCAAGAAGCCCAAGGCUAAGAAGGCGAAGAAACCUGUUGCCAAGAAGGUCACGCCUAAGAAGUAAUUUUGUUGUUGUUUAAGAUAAGGUUGAAAGGAAUUCAUUUGUAAAUACUCAUUAUGAGGAGCGGAGUAAGUUUCAUCGUAGUUUUAUAGUUUCACCAAAGUUUAUCUCGGUUUAUAACAUUUUUUUCUUUAAUGGAAUCUAUUUAGUGUAUUCAGUGAAGCUGUAAUGCCUGACUAAGUUCUACGGACAUGUGCAUUAGUGCUUAUACUAUGUACCUGAUUAUUUUAGUAAAGAUUUUGAAAAUAUUA